ACUCUUCCAGAGACAAAGAGCGAAGAUGACACGCAAGCAAUAACCAUGAGCCCCUGGUUGCCUGCUUUCGCAAAGUCUCAUUCUUCUUCUCUUUCUACAUAAACGUCCGCUGAACUCACACUUGUUUUCUUUUUCUUCGUGCAGAAAAAGUUCUCUUAACUCAGCUUUCGUUGACUUGCUAAUACCACCGUCUCCUCAUUGAGCAAAGUUGCCCAUCAUGGCUGACAAUGCGAUGGCCGCCUACUGGGCCCUGCCACCCGUUUCUAGGAAUCUGGUUACUGCUGCAGUGUUGACCUCCCUUGGUUGCAUCGUCGGGCUACUGCCAAUCAUGCGUCUAUUUCAUCACCCAUCGUACCUUUGGAUGUUUCCACCUCAAAUCUGGCGACUCGUAACAUGUUUCUUGAUCGAAACGCAGCCGAUCAACUUGCUCAUGAACUCGUUCUUCCUGUAUCGCUACAGCGCUCAGUUGGAGAUGGGGAACCCACGUUUCCCACGCAAGGUCGAUCUCGUGUUCUACAUAUUAUUUGUCUGCACCGUAAUUCUGAUGAUCGACUACCUGGCCGGACUGACGAGCUUCUUGUACAUGAACGGCCUCAUUCUUGCCAUGGUUUACACCAUUACCCAAGACCAGCGCGGCCAGAAAACACAGUACUUCGUUCUUACUAUCCCUGCCCAAGCGCUGCCCAUCUGCAUGAUCAUUGUCGGCACGCUCACGGUUGGACCAAAUAAGGCAUUGGUCCAAAUCGAGGGUCUACUCGCCGCCCAUCUGUUUGAUUUCCUCACCAGAAUCUGGCCUGAGUUCGGGAACGGGCCUCGACUUUUGAGAACCCCUGCCUGGCUUGAGCGUCUUGUGCAGACACCAAGAAUUACUGCCAGAGGUUUCGGUACCGCCAUCCGACCUGGGAAUUCACCAUCUUCUGGACGCAGCACUGGUGUUAGCGCAGGUCCUUUGCCAGAUUCAUGGCGGUCUCGUGGCCCUGGCCAGCGACUGGGCUGAAACAUGCCGUUGUACGUUGUCACUUGCAGGGUAUACAAUAGGAUGAAAGAAAGAAUUAUCACUACCUAUAGAACUCCUGUGCCCACCAUCUGUAUUGGGUCUAAGGCACGUCAUGCCUGGAUAUGUCGACCAAAUAACUCCAAGCUUGAACCAAACCAAAGGUUUCUGUAAUACCGAAAUUACCGACACGCAAACUCUUUAUGUGAAUAUAUAGUAUUUUAUCAUCAUCCAUAAACGCGACUGUUGCCGCUUAACAUGGGAGACUUGUUUGCUUCCCGCCUCUUGAGAUAGUCGUCACUGAACCCCGCCGGCACCUCAGUUGCUAGGACAGUGCCGCCUCCUAGCGGUCGAUCUUGGAACCUUGGAUCCAAUACAGCCAACGGCCUGGAGAUCCUUAGCUCAUGUCGUGGAUCAUUAUCAAUCGCUGAUAUAGGGGUUGCUGAUAACAGAUUCAGCUGUGGGGUCCCCUGUUUCUUGGGAAUGAUGAGUUUUGAUAGAGAAGGGAAGGCGAAGGAUGGCUUGGGUUUGACGGCUUCGUGGGCAGGAACUGGGGCCGCCGCUAAUAUUGGUGGUCUAGUGGCUGGAUGAUGUGGUACAGGGGAAGGGUCGCGGCUCGCAACACGCGAGCUCGAAGUACUCAAAGAUGCCACCUCUGCGAUCCGCUGAGUGUCAGUUCCUGCAGGCUCUGCAGCGCUGAGAUAUGUCUGCAGAGCAUAUGAAUCGGGAACAUUGGAUCUCAUGGUAUGCCGGAGAGAACUCGGUGCCUUAGCAUCGGGAAGGCGGCUGACGACUCUGGGUAUGUAGGCUGGGUGUGCUGGCAGUGCAGCAUUGGGACCAUUGCUCUUCGAGUGCGGUGCAUAGUGAUAGCUGACCUUGCCAUUAAUACCGCUGCUAUCUUGUUCGAAACUGUCGUAAUACUCCGCAUUAGACAUUGUGCGGAUGUGGUUUCCAGCAUGGUUAUGAGGCUGCGCCGAGCGCCCGGGAUAUCCAGCAUUGUCGGUAAAGUAAGAAGACUUGUGAAUUCCAUACAUAGAAGGGUCAUUCAUUGGUGCAUCAGGAGGUGGUGAUUCAAUCUUGACUCCUGCACCACGACGUUGUCGACUUCGUCGACAGUACAUGAAGAUAAGCCACACCAUGCCAGCCAUGCCUAGUCCGCAUCCCACAGCGAUACCAACAAUUGUGCCAGUGGUCAUAGAGCCAACGGGAGCACCAUCAUCGCCAGGCAGAGUUUGGUUCGUGUUAGGAUCAGUAAUAUUGAUGAGUGUGUGAGUGAAAAUUGUGCCACUAAGGCCAAGGAUAUCGCCUUUCUUAGGCUCUUGAAUACAGCCUGCUUUCAAUGCCACCAGAACUAGGUGCCUAUUAGUGGUUUUUUUCGAAGAGCCAGCAUACAGAGAACCUACAGUUGGCCAGAUACUUUUGAUUCGAUGU